AAGUAACCAAGCAGGAGAGUGCGAUCAAUCAUUCAAACAUUUCCACUCCAUAUAAGCGACAAGCUAUAACAAUCCAACACCAAACACAAACCUUUCCUAGUUUAUAAACUCUAUGUGAGGGAGCUAGUACUCGGAUUGUGAGUGCUACAAGUUGAGCAAAACAAACAUGGUGAACUUAGUAGCACUACAGAAGCCCUUGCUGCAUGGCCUGAUGAAAAUGGCCGGAGUCGUACCCUACACGGUGGAGAUUGAGCCCGGCACGGUGAUGAACUUCUGGGUCCCGAAAGAAACCCUAAAGAAGCCGAAGAAGGGAGAGAAGCCCGAGAUCAUAUCCAAACCCAAGAAGCCGGUAGUGGUUCUGAUACACGGCUUCGCCGCCGAGGGAAUAGUGACGUGGCAGUUUCAGGUGGGUGCGCUGGCCAAGAAAUACUCUGUCUACGUUCCCGACGUCCUGUUUUUUGGGGGGUCGACGACCGACAAGCCCGACAGGUCUCCUGCUCUUCAGGCCGAGUGCGUCUCUACGGGGCUGAGGAAGCUCGGGGUGGACACGUGUACGUUGGUGGGGUUCAGUUACGGCGGCAUGGUGGCGUUCAAGAUGGCGGAGAUGUAUCCGGAGCUGGUGAGAGCCAUGGUGGUCUCCGGGUCGAUAUUGGCGAUGACGUGUUCGGUGAGCGAUGAUACUAUGAAGAGGCUAGGGUUUGAGUCGUCGUCGGAGCUUUUGCUGCCGAGAACGGUGAAGGGGCUCAAGGCUCUGCUGUCGGUGGCGGCUCACAAGAAGCUGUAUUUUCCCGAUCGGCUCCACAGAGACUUCCUUGAGGUGAUGUUCACGAACAGGAAGGAAAGGGAAGAACUACUUGAAGCUUUAGUCAUUGACACAAAGGACCCAAACAUUCCCAAAUUCCCACAGAGAAUUCAUCUAUUAUGGGGUGAAAAUGAUCAGAUAUUUAAGCAGGAGCUUGCUCACAACAUGAAAGAGCAACUAGGAGCAAAUGCAACAUUUGAAGGCAUAAAGAAAGCAGGUCAUCUGGUUCACCUUGAAAGACCUUGUGUUUACAACAGGUGUCUCAAGAGAUUCCUAGCCUCCCUGAACGAUGCUGGAGCUCAAAGUUAAGAUGAUGUUCCAUCGCUCAAGAUUGAUCGAGCACUAGCUCAAAUACCUGCUUCGUAUCUCUGUUACUGCAUGUCUACUAUUUAUUUAGUCCCUUUCCAAUGUUCAAGUAAUAUUAAACUUUGUAUUUAAUUAGCUGCCUAUGGGCAAUGACGGACCUAGAAUUUUAUAAUAUGGUGAGCUAUUUUUUCUUUU